GGUCAAUGGAUAGUCGCAUAAUGAUGAUGUCAAAAUAUCGUGUUCAUAAAAUUAUAAUAAUAAAUUAAUUAAACACACACAUUGAUACAAUAAUAUCAUUAAAUUUUAAUAAACAUUCAUUAGUAAGGAAAUAGGAAAUUUAAAUACCAAUAGGUUUAUAUAAUUUUUUUACAUGAUUUUUUAAAAAAAUCAGGUAUACAGGUUGUGAAUUGUGAGUUAUUGUGAUUGUGUGUGUAAUAUAUUUUUUUUUUAUUUAGUAAAUAAACUUGUGUCAAAAUAAUGUGUGUGCGUGAGAAAGAAAGAGGAAAAGAGUGAAAAGAGUUAAGUUAUUUUCCUCUCAACGUGUCUUUUAUAAUUUUUUUUUUUAAUCAACUUUUUCUCUCUUUUUAUUACCUGUGGUGUUUUUUUUUUUUUUUUGAUUCAUCAGUGAGGAGGCUGCCACGACCACUCAAUUUUUUUAAAAAUAAAAAACACCUAUAUAUAAAAUAUUUAUACAUAUAUAUUGAAUUUUACAUAUUUAAACUUUCACCUGUAUUAGUGUAGAAAAUUUAAUUUAUCAUGAAACCUGUUGUGAUGAUAUUUCAACUGAUUUUUUAACGAUAAUAAAAAAAUAGAGAGACAAGUUUUGCACCUGACCUGUGUUUAAUAUAAAAAAUUAAAAAAGUUGAAAAAGAAACAUGUACAUUCAGGACAUUUAAAAGGAUACAAUAUAAAUUUUUUUUUUUAUAAUUUUAAUCCAGCUAAUUAAUAAUAAUCCACAUUAAUUCAAUUCAAAAUGGUAGCUGCUGGAGCAAAUGCCCUGAUGGCUAAUAAUGAAUCAGCCACAAAUAAAGUUACUGAUAAUUCAAUAAUUUCCACAAACAAUAAUCAUCAUCAUACUCAACAGAUGACUAGUGAUAGUACCCACAAAAAAACAACAACAAGAUCAUUAGAAUCAUCAAGAAAAAAGGAAAGUCCAUCGACCUCAACAAACAGGACCACUUCAAUUCGUGAAACAAAAACUUCAAGACUACGAGCUGCUUCUAUUAUCUCCCCUGUUGAUGGAUCUAAAAAAGCAUCCGGGCUUAGUGAUAAUAUUUCUUCCUGGAAUUCACCACAGUCGAGUAAAAGUACAGUUUCUUAUGCUAGUGGAAUAUCGUCAAGUUUAUUACGUGAAAAAGAAGGAUCAAAACGAGUUUUAAAUAGAUCAAUUGAAACACAAGAUAAAAUAUUAGAAACUAGUAAUAAUUUUGAUAAAGGUUUAAGACGUUCAAAACGUUUAUCAGUUAAACAAAAUAAUUCAUUAUUAUAUAAUAAUCAGUCACCUUUGAUGACACAUAAACAAUAUGAAGCCAAAGAAAUAUCUACACGACAAAAAAUGAAUCAACACAAUGAAGUAUUGUCACGGCCAUCUUCAACAAUUACAUCAACAUCACAAAUACCAAAACGUACAACAACAUCAACAACAACAACAACACGUUCUGGCAAUCAUGAUAGUACCGAGGUAAUACAACGAGUUGAUGCAUUGACAGCAUUGACAAAAGCAACAAUUGAACGUGUAGAAAGGCUGACAUCUCCACCAUCAUCAUCAUCAUUAUUAUUAACUUCAUCAUUAUCAUCAAACGAUCCAAGCAUAACAAGCAAUAAUUGCACAAAAAAAUUACAAAAAUCAUCAAUAACAAGCACAAAUACUAAUAAAAAUAAUGGUGAUAUUAAAAAUACAAAAAUUUUAAAUCGUAAUCAACCAUUAAUAUCAAUAUUAAAACAUAAAACAAUUGAUAUUUAUGAUGAUGAUAAUAAUGGGGAUGUUGUUGAUGAAGAUGAUCAUGAUGAUGAUGAUAAUUAUCAACAAAAAAUUAAUAAAACAAGCUUUAAUAUUAGUCCAAUUAAAAAACUUGGUAUAUUAAAAAAACGUAGUAGUCUUGAUGAAAAUGAAAUAUUACGUAGAUCAAAAUGUCGUUCAUCUGAUUUUGUGACAUUUGAAGAUAUUAAUAGUACAAUUGACAAACGUCCAAUAUUAAAAAUUGAAAGAAGAUCAUCACUGGAUGAAUUAUCAAAUAAAAAAUUAACAAAAUGUACAGAUUAUCCAGCAUCAAUAUUAAAAAGAAAAUGGUCAAAAUCACGUGAAGAUAAUAAAGAUGAUGUAUGCUCACCAGAACUUCAAAGUAUACUUAAAAAAUAUCAAAAUGAUGGAACAACAAUAACAUCAUCAACAUCACUAUCUACAACAACAUCAUCAGCAUCAUCAUCAUCAACAACAACAUCAACAAUUUCAACAACAACAUCAAUAACAAAUGAUAACAAUAAUACAGCUAAAAUAAUUGGUGUAACAUGGACAGAUAAUAAUGAUACAAAUCAAGAAGUACGACCAAUAUUAAAAAAAAAAUUAAGCCGUGAAGAAUCAUCAUCAUCUGAUCCACCAUCACUUGAACCACGUCCAAUAUUAAAAAAAAAAUCAAGCACUGAAUCAGAUGAACAUGAUGAUAAACCAAAAAAAACAAUAUUAAAAACAUCAAGAAGAAGUUCUGAGGAAACAAAUAAUAAUGAUUUUGAAAUAAUAUCUAAAAAUAUAUCUGUUUUAAAAAAUAAUAUAUUACAAAGACGUACAAAUAGUUUACCAGAAUGUGAUACACAAUUAAUAACAGUUAAACCAAUAUUAAAAAAUUCAAUUAAUUAUAAUACAACAAUACGUUCAUCAAGAAUUGAUUUAAUAACAUCUAAAAAUAAUAAUUUAUUAAGAAAACGUGCUAGAUCUGUUGGACAAGAUGUAUACAAUGAUAAUAAUACAAAUGAUCAAGAUGAUGUUAUUAAAUUUACAUCAGUUAAAUCAGAUUUAUUAGAUGAAAAAUAUUUUAGUCAUAAUGCAUCAUCAUCAUCAUCAUCUUCAUUAUUAUUAUCACCACCACCGUCACCACCAUCAAUCACGCCUAUUGUAUCAUUCAAAUUGUCCAGUAGAGAUGAAAGUAUUGUUUCUAUCAAUCCAAAUAAUAAUACCGGAGAAAUGAAUUGUAAGGAAAUUGAUUUUAAAAAAAAAUUAGAUGAAUAUAGUGAAAAACUUGGUCGUUUAAAAAAUACAUCAAGACGUCAUAAAAAUAGAGAAAAUAUAAAUUUAUCAUCAUCUGAUCAUGAUGCUGAUGUUAAAAUAAAUAGUAAUGACAUUGAAUUUAUUGAUGAAAAAAUAAAAAAUAAUAUUAUUGAUGAAGAAAUAAAUGAUAUUUAUAAAAAUAAAAAAAUAGAUGAAAUAGAUUUGUAUGAAAAUCAAGAUGAUAGAAAUAAUAUUCUGGAUACAAUGAUAAUGAAAAAAUCAGUCAAUGUCAGCUCAAUCAAGGACAAUAAUCAUGAUAAAUGUUUUAAUGAAAAUAAAAAAUUAACAAUUAAUUUUGAUGUCAAGGAAUCAUUAAAUUGUGAUAAAUAUAAUAAAAAUAAAUGUGAAUAUGGACAUAAUAAUAUUGUUGAAGUAUCCAAAUUGAGUUUAAAUGAACAAAUUGAAAAAGUUUUUGAUGAAAAAAUUCAUAUUGAUACAUUUAUCAAGGCUGAUGAGUCGGUUAAUCGAGCACAGAGAAGACCUUUCAGUCGCUUUAGGACACAGCCAGUUACGUCGGAGGAGGUCGACCUCGCUGCAAAAUACAUUCCAAAUAAUAUUACAGAUUCUAAACAUUCACCAUCAGAUAAACAUGUUAAUGAAAAACCUCAACAAAAACCAAAAAGUAUUUUAAAAUCAUCAAGUUCAAGUAUACUUAGUGCAAAAUUAAAUUCAUCAACAGAUUCAUCAGAUGAUGGAUCAUCAAUAUCACCAGUUGUACUACGUCGUGUGAAACAUAAAAAUGAUAAUAUUGAUGUGCCUUUUGAUGAAUUAACAAAGUGUAGUGUUGAUUUUAAAAAAUUAUUAAAAACACGUUCUGUGUCAGUUGAUGAAAGUGAUAAUUGUCAUGUUGAUAUUAAUAAUUAUUUAAGUAAUGAUAUUAAAAAAAAACAAAGACCAAUAUCAGCAACAAUGCAAAGUCUCAAUUUACCAAGUGUUAGUAUUCGUGAUCGUUUGGCUGCACUUCAACGAAGUGGAUCAACUGACUGGAAAAGACGUGUUACAUCUGAACCAAUAAAUGCCUCAUUUAUCAUUGAAAAACAAAAUUUUGAUAAUGCAACAGAAAAGACAAGUUAUUUUCAAAAAGAAAAAGACGAAAUUGUUAUGAAACAAGGAAGACUUGCUGAUCGUCUUGAAAAAUUAGAAUCAGCAACUGAAGGAUGGCGUAAACGUGUUACAACAGCUGAUGCUGUACAAUUUUCAGUUGCUGGUAAAAUGAGAGUUGAUCAAAUUGAUAAAAAUAUAUAUGAUAAAGCAAUAUUUGAUAUGGGUAAUUGUGUAUCUGAGCGUAAAAAAAAACUUCCAAAGACAAAGGAAAUUAAUAAAAAAGAUAAUGAAAAUAAUAAUGAAGAUGAUUUUUUAAAUGUCCAAGAUGAUGAAAAAAAACUCGUUGAAAAUUCUAUUACUAGUAAAAAAGAAAACGGUGAUGUAAUAAAAAAUGAAGAAUCAAUUCAUCAUGUUCCGCGAGCUGAUGAUGAAACAUUUACCUCAUUUUUUGAUAGCAUAUCAGUGGAUAAAUGUCGAGAGGAAAGUUUAGAUCUAACUGAGGAUGAUUUCAAUCAGAUAACAUCAUUUUGCGAGAGACUUGGAUCAAGACGAACAGUUCAAGUUCAACGUCGUCGUGUAUCAACAAAAAAUCCACUACGUACACUUGCAGCACGUACUGAUAUAAAAGAAGAAUACACAGAAAUAAAAAUGGGUGUUGCUGAUAGAAUGAUAAAAUUAAAUAACAUUGAAAAAUUGGGUAAAAAUUCAACACUCGCUGUUGAAGCACUAGCUGGUCUAGCAUCAACUGAAAAUUUUAGUGCAAUAACAUUAAAAGAUAUUGAAAAAACAAAUAGCAUAAUAACUAAAAAAUAUGAUAAUAAAAUAAUUCCAUUAAAUAAUGAUAUUAUGUUGAUAAUAAUAAAAGGACGUCGUCAUGUACAAGUACGUUUAAUUGAGCCAAUAGCAUCAAAUAUAAAUUCCGGUGAUAAUUAUAUAUUAUUUACUAAAAAUGAAAUAUUUAAUUACAUUGGUAAAUAUUGUAAUGUCAUUGAAAAAUCACGUGGUGCUGAAAUUGCAUUGAGAAUAAUGAAAAAUAAAGAUUUUGGCUGUUGUGCAAAUAAAAUAUUAACAAUAUAUGAAGAAGAUAGUAUUAAAAAUCCCAACAACACAAUGAUAGCUAAAAAAUUUUGGAAAUAUUUAGGUAUUGAUAAUGAUAGAGUACCAGAUAUUGUGGAUGCUGGUCAUCCAGAUGAGGAUGAAUUUUAUGAAUCAUCACUUAUUGAUACAAAUGCUGUAUAUGAAUUAUCAAAUGAUAAGCUAAUUCCAAUUGAUAAAUAUUGGGGUAUGUUGCCAAAGAUUAAAAUGCUUGAUCCAAGUAAAUCAAUAUUAUUUGAUUUUGGUAGUGAAAUGUACAUAUGGAAUGGUAAAUGUGUAUCAAUUGAAAAACGUAAAUUAUCAAUAAUACUUGCUGAACAAUUAUGGAUGGAAGGUUUCGAUUAUACUGAUUGUACUGUAUCACCAAUAAAUGUUGCAUCAAUUAUUGGUAAUCGUCAAUUAAAUACAUCAAGUAAUAAUAAUAUUAAAAAAUCAAAUAAACGACCAAAUUGGUGUUUACUUGUUAAACUAACACAACACAUGGAAACAAUAUUAUUUCGUGAAAAAUUUUUAGAUUGGCCAAAUACAAAUGAUAUUAUUAAUAUUAGAAAAAUUAAUAAUAAUAUUAAUACAGAUAAUAUUGAUAGUAAUAAUAAAAUUAUUAUUGAAAAAAUUGAUGUUAAUAAUUUAUCGGAAAAUACAAAGCCAGAUGUUGAUUUGAUUAUUGAAGGUUGUCAUUUGGGUAGAGGUACUGGAUGGUUUGAUGAAGAAUUUAAACGUCAAUAUAUUGUAUCAACAAGUGACAUAACUAUUUGGCAUAUUGAAGAAAAUUCAUAUACACUUUUAAAUGAUAAAAAUUCAUUUGGACAAUUUUUUAGUGGUGAUAGUUAUAUUGUACGUUGGAUGUAUACAAUUAUUGUAACUGGUAGAGGUUUAAGUGGUAAACCAUCAAAACAUGCUGUUGAAGGACGUGAUAGAUGUGCAUAUUUUAUUUGGCAAGGUAAAAUGUCAUCAUUAAAUAAACAAGGUACUGCUGCAUUAUUAACAAUUGAACUUGAUAAAGAAGAAGGUCCACAAAUACGUAUAUCAGAAGGUUUUGAACCAGCUGCAUUUUUAAAUUUAUUUAAUGGUAAAAUGAUUAUACAUAUGGGAAAAAAAAAAGAUAUAAAUAAUUUUAAAAAAAAUACAAAAACAAUAAGAGCAUAUAUUUGUCGUGGUACUGAAAUAAAUGAAACAUUUUUAAUUGAAGUAUCAUGUAGUACAAAACAAUUACGUAGUCGUGCAUCAUUAAUAUUUAUUGAUAAAAAAAAUAUGUUAAUUUAUGUUUGGCAUGGUAAACAUUCACUUUUACAUAUUCAAAAAAAUGCUAUUUAUGCAGCACAACAAUUGAAAGAAUUUAAACCAAUUGAAGCUGGUUUUAAUUAUAAUGAUAAUUAUGAAAUACGUGAAAUUAAUGAGGGUAAUGAACCAGAUGAUUUAUUUGAAGAUAGUAUGAAUAAUAAAAAAAUCAAUGGUACACUUACUAAAACAACAAAAAUAUCAUUAAAUUAUACACCAAGAUUAUUUCAUUUUUCAAGUAAUUCUGGUGAAUUUAUAGCAACAGAAUUAUUUUGUCUUUUUCGUAGUAAUGAUACAACACCUUUUCCAUUUUUACAAGAAGAGCUAUAUCAAGUUAAUCAACCUGCUUUAUUUUUGUUUGACAACAAAGACGAGUUAUGGUUGUGGCAAGGCUGGUGGCCAGACACUGGAUCUGAUGAUCAAACAGGAAGUGGAGCAAUAAGAUGGCAAGCUGAAAGAAGAGAAGCAAUGAAUGUUGCUAUUCAAUAUUGGAAAAAACAACAUUCAGAUGCUAAAAAAUGUGCAGUUUAUUUAGUCUGGGCUGGCCUUGAGCCACUUGAAUUUAUAAAUUUAUUUCCAACUUGGACAUAUCGUGAUGAAAUUGCUGAACUAAAUAUACAAGAUGGUCGUGCACCUGGCCAAAUAUUAUCUGUUGAAAGCGAGCUGGCUCGUUUAACACAAAGUACUUAUCCCCCUGCUCAAUUAUUACAACGACCUCUUCCAGAAGGUGUCGAUCCAACUUCUCUAGAAUUAUAUUUAUCACCUCAACAUUUUCAGGAACUGCUAGGAAUGAAAAUUAGUGAAUUUAAAAAACUUCCAUCAUGGAAACAAAUUGACAUUAAGAAAAAAAUUGGCCUUUUCUGAUGAAUAUUU